AUGGAUGCUGAUUACCAAGGAGAAAUAAAGGUCCUCUUGUUAAAUCAGGGACCACAAGACUUGCUAGUGCAAGAAAGUGACAGAAUAGCCCAAUUGAUUAUCAACCUCACUUACCAGGGACAGGUACACAAAGGAACAGCCCCCACCUUACAAACAGUAAGAGGAGAAAAGGGAUUUGGCUUUACUAACCUAAAUCCAGGGGCCAAAGUCUGGGUGAGGACAGAGAAAGGUCCCCCAGAACCAGCAGACAUCUUUGCAACAGGCAAUGACAAUACCGUGAUAUUCUCCAAGUCAGGUCACGAUUAG